CAUUGCAUGUAUUAACUAUUGAUGCAGUCGGUUGUUAUUUGUAUUGCAAUAAAAGCGGUUUUCCACUAAACGGGCAAACAAAAAAAAAACAGAAACUCGUGUCGACAAAAACUAAACUGCAACUUUUUGAAGACUGACAAUGUAAUGACCAUUACAGUUUCAGUUUUAUUUCAAUUUUGUUUUUGUUUUUCAACAAAAAGUCAACUGUCCGUUUAGUGGAAAACCUAAAAUUAGAAUGUUAGCAAGUUUUUGACAUAUUUCUUUCUUUUUAAUUACAGGAAUGCAAAAGUGAUUAGUUUCCAAUACAAUUUUUUUAAAUAAUCAACAAAAUUGAACAUUUCAAUAUGAAUUUUUCUCCAUUUGGAGGACAUUUUCCUGCCUCAAUACCGACAAUACAUCAAUUUGCUGCAAAAUUUGGUACACCCGAUACACCAUUAGGUGGUGUAGCAGCAGCAACCGCAGCACUUGGUCAUAAUCAAGAUGUUUCACGUUAUCAUGGACCGGGUGCUGGUGGCGCUGCCACCAGUCAUUUUAAUCAACAUCAUAGUCCAUUGGCAAUGCCUGUUAAUAUGGGUAAAUUCCGCAAUGAUAAUAAUGUACAAACAACACAAAAUCAACAACAUAACAUGAUGAAUGUUGUUACAAAUGGUCCUACUAAAUAUCAUACAGCCGGUUCAAAUCUCGCACAACAUUAUACAAGUCCAUUGUAUGCAACGCAACAGCAACAUCAACAGAAUCAGAGUAACAGUCGUGUAAAUAAUGAUCGUCAAGAUGUUAAAAGAAAUUUAACAAGUGUUGGUGUUUAUGGGACACAACAAACACAGCAAGAGUUAUGUGCGGCAAUAUUACAGCAGCAGCAGCAGCAACAACAACAGCAGCAGCAACAGCAACAACAACAGCAGCAGCAACAACAGCAACAGCAACAACAGCAGCAGCAACAGCAACAACAACAGCAGCAGCAACAACAACAACAACAACAGCAACAAGAUGUUAAACAACAUGAAAAAGUCAAACAGGAACAAGAUAGUGGUAAUAAUGAUGAUAACCGACCUGGAAGUAAUAGUAUGGAUUUUGGUUUGCAUCAACAACAAACGAGUCAUUUGCAACAAGGAACAGCAACAGCAUCAAUGCCAGCCAGUUGGCAAAGUCUUGCAACACCCGGUUCAACAGUUGCUGAUUAUUUAUCACAUUUACCAGCAUCCACACUACCAUUAUCGUUACAUCACUUUUUAAAAUAUUCCGCUGAAAAUAUCAAAAAAGAAACUGUACAAACAUUACAAAAUAUCAACACUAGCCAUCAAACAUCCGAUCCGAAUAAUUUAUUGUUAGGUAGCGUUGUAAAUGGUAAUUCAAUUACAUCAAAUAAUGUGGUGAACAAUACAACAACACAAACACAAAAUGCCACCAAUAAUACAAAUACGACAACAACAUCGAAAAAGAAGAAGAAGAAGAAGGCACCAAAAGAGAAGAAACCACGUCCAAAACCUGGUGAAAUACGUUUAACAACAGCACUAGACGGUUCAACAUUAUACUGUUGUCCGGAAUGUCAUAUGGCAUACCCUGAAAAGGAAUUGCUAGAACAACAUUUGGUUGGACAUACACUAGAGAGACGCUUUGUAUGUGAUAUAUGUGGAGCUGGCUUAAAGCGAAAAGAUCAUCUAACGCGUCAUAAACAAUCACAUAAUCCUGAACGGCCUUAUGUAUGUACUGUUUGUUUAAAAGCAUUUAAGCGCAAAGAACAGUUGACAUUACAUUUUGUUAUCCAUAGUGGUGAAAAACGCCAUAUAUGUCCAGAAUGCGGAAAAGGUUUCUAUCGUAAAGAUCAUUUACGAAAGCAUACAAGAUCGCACAUUGCACGACGAGUAAAAGCUGAAUUAUCACAGCAAGCUGGUACACCAAAUUUAACAGGUAGUUUACAAAGUGGACAAGUAGCAGCUCCCGGUCCACCAACGCAACCGAAUCAACAGGCGAUAAUGUCAUGAACCUUAAUCCCCGGUGUGAGUGAUGGAGUGGCAAAUAAGAAAACUAAAAAAAAGAAAGGUGAUUUAGGUGAUAUAAACGGAAGACUUAAUUUAAAUUUAAUCGGCAAAAAUUGGUCAUAAUUUAUUCAA